AUGAAUAAAUUGACUUUCCGAUCAUUGAGAAGUCUUAAUCAAAAUAGAUUAUUUUCGAAUUCCCUUAGAAAAAUGUCAACUGAAUACAACGUCAUUAUUUACGAUUUCCCAAAUUCAGAUAGAUCCAAGGUAAGAUCACAACAUGUUGCUGACAUUCCAGCAAAUGUGCCAAAUCCAAUAAGAUCAGCAGGCGCAAUUUACCAGGACGAAGCAAAGACCAAGUUUGCUGGUAGUGCUUUUCAUUUAGUUGCUAACUCCAAGGAAGAGGUCGUCGAGUUCUUAAAGAAGGAUAUAUACUACCGUGAGGGAAUUUGGGAUAUCAACAGUGUUGUCAUCAACCCAAUUGGAGUUGCUGUACGUUUACCCAAGAAGAUGGAGGGUGUUGAUGAUUCCAACUAUAAGAUUUAA